UUAACGCAUUCAACAGGACAUCUGAUAUCCGAACAAUUAUGUUCAGGGGCAGAGCAUUUGGUCUGUUAAAGUCUCUCCACUUGAUGGGUAGCCAGCCCAAUUUGCCUCAUAAAUUAAUUCAUCCAGCUCUUACUUCUCACGUGCAUCACUGUCAAAAGAGGAGGAAUGUGGAUUACAGGCAGAGCUACAACACAGGCCCAACUAGUGCUGGAGGAAGAACGUUAAAUGUUCCUCAAAAUAAGGUCAUGGCAGAACAAGAGUUGCCGGCUGUUUUGAUUCUGGAUAUAGGAGGAACUCAAGGUGUGCUAGAAAACCUUGUAGUGCUUCUGAAGAAACACUUCCGCCUUGUCACCAUGAAGGAAUUUCUCAAGAACAAAAAAGAAAUGAGCAAAAAAAUCCAAUCUGUUUUCGUGUUUGAGUGCAGGCCAACUAUUGACCGAGAGCUCUUGGAAAGCCUGCCUAAUUUAAAAGUAAUUGCAAACUCCGGGGUCGGAGUGGAUCACUUGGACUUGAAAAUGAUUUCUAGCUUUGGUGUAAAAGUGACCAACACCCCACAAGCCGUUGCUGACUCAACAGCAGACAUGGGAAUGGCCUUGAUGCUGGCAUCUGCCAGAAGACUGGUGGAAGGCUGCCAGAUUGCGAUUUCUCCAGACACGGAGCAUUUUGCUGUUGACUGGCUGGGAGUUGAAGUCACCAGGGCUACUCUUGGCAUCAUCGGAAUGGGCAGUAUUGGUUAUAAAGUGGCUCAGAGGGCUAAAGCCUUUGAAAUGAAGAUUCUCUACCACAACAGGAACCGGAGAAAAAUGGAAGAGGAGCAGGCAGUUGGUGCACACUACUGUGAGAAGAUGGAUGACUUGUUGCAGCAAUCUGACUUUGUUCUGCUGGUUGUGAGCCUGUCCCCAGAGACUCGCAAACUGAUUGGGAAACGAGAGCUGGGGCUAAUGAAGCCCACAGCUACUCUUAUAAACAUCAGCCGAGGUGCAGUUAUUGAUCAAGAUGCAUUGGUAGAAGCCCUACAGAAAAAGAUUAUUAGGGCAGCUGCUCUGGAUGUGACAUACCCUGAGCCUCUUCCAAGAGACCAUCCUUUAUUGAAAUUAAAUAACAUCAUCAUAACCCCUCACAUUGGAACUGCAACAGUCCAAGCCAUCCGUAUGAUGGCAGAGGAAGCAAUAACAAAUAUGCUAGCUGUUCUCAAUGGUCAGCCCAUUCCCAGUGAAGUGGUCCCCAAGUGAUGUGCAUCAGAUGACAGCACUAAACCUCUCGUCUGUGA